AUGCGUUUAGAGCAGCAAAGUACCGGACUCAGCUUCAGCUACGAUAAGUUCAGGAAAUACCUAGCCUCGGAAGAACUGACUGCAGGCCAGCUGAACCCCCUGAACCAGCUUCUUGAUACUCUUGAAAGCUUUUUUGCCAAGAAGGAGUCCAUGGUCAAGGCCAAGGGUGUGGUCAAGGGAAAGAGUGUGGUUAAGGGACAGAGUGCUGGCGUGACUGGGAAGAUUGACUGGCAGCCCAAGAUUAAGCUAACUGUCUGA